AUGACCCCAACCAUUGUACAAUUUACGCCUCUUCCGUCGCUAACACAUCCUUCCUUUUGGCACAAACUGACCGAACAUAAGCUGGAUGUACUCAAGCUCAGCGACGCUGGUGUCGAUAUCACUGCAACUUACCGCGUUGGUAGGCUGAUUGAAGAUCGCGAAGGUGGUCCCGGUGCAUUUGUUGGUGUUGGAGGGAGUCUUGGAGUUGAGGAAGAGAGCUUUGGUCAAGGGCAUUCGUCUCCUGCAAUAGGCUCAGCAGUUGCGAAAGGUGUCGUAAAGAACUAUAACACUAUUGAGGAUUUCAAGGCUGCGGACAAGUCGAAAUUAUUCAACGAAGCAGCGGACAAGAUCUGGACAUCGAUCCAAACAGCGCGUUCUACUACACUGCUUAAUUCGUUUCUCCUCAUUACCUAUGCCGAUCUGAAGAAAUAUAGGUAUUACUACUGGUUUGCUUUUCCAGCCUUUACUAGUACCCCUGCUUGGCAUAUCGACGCGAAUCUAGGUUGGAUCAGCGCAGGAACAGCUGAAUCAACGUAUUCCAAGGAGCAGAUGAAGGUCAUCUAUGAUCAACUGCAUUCACUGGAGCAACAAUCCGCGUACUUCCUCAUAAGAUCGUCUGGCUCCAAUGAGAUCAACGUCGUUGCAAUCGAAGACUACAGUCCCGACACAGACACAAUUGAGACUACCACAAUUGGCUUCAUAGAUCCAUCAGCACAACCUCAGAACCCUGGGUGGCCUCUUCGUAACCUCCUUGCCUAUUUCAGAGCUCUCUAUCCGCAGUCCACUUCCAAGUUAAGAAUACUCUCCUGGAGAGACGCGGAAUUCCCAAGAGGUGAAGAAGGGUGGAAGAGUCGAGUCGGAGUAAUCUUUAUAGGGCCUGAUGGCGUGUCAACCGAAGAAAGCGAUGCAAAAACGCGUCCAAAUGCUGUAGGAUGGGAGAAGAAUGUACAAGGAAAGUUAGGCCCUAGGAUGGCGGACCUCGCUCCCAUGAUGGAUCCUGUCAGGCUGGCGAACCAAGCGGUGGAUCUUAAUCUGAAACUCAUGCGAUGGAGGAUCCUCCCAGAGCUAAAUUUGGAAAAGAUUUCAGAGACAAAAUGCUUGCUCCUGGGCGCAGGCACGCUGGGGUGUUAUGUUGCAAGAUGUCUGAUGGGAUGGGGUGUGCGCACUAUAACAUUUGUCGACUCUUCGAAGGUUUCGUUCUCGAACCCAGUUAGACAACCACUAUUCAAGUUUGAGGAUUGUCUGAACGGAGGGAAGCCAAAGGCUGAAUGCGCAGCGGAACGGUUGAAGGAGGUCUGGCCCGGGAUCAACACUACAGGGUAUACGUUAUCCAUUCCAAUGCCUGGACAUCCAAUUCCUGCCUCGCCACCGUCAGUGCUAGAGCAGACAAAGAAAGAUGUUGCCAAGUUGGAGGAGCUCAUCGAAAGUCACGAUGCUGUGUAUCUGUUAAUGGAUUCGAGGGAGAGUCGUUGGCUUCCUACUGUGAUUGCCCGAGCGAAGGACAAGCUUGUCAUGAAUGCCGCUCUGGGAUUCGAUACUUUCUUGGUAAUGCGACAUGGAGCUCGACCUGAAUCAGGUUCCAAGAAACAUCUGGGAUGUUAUUACUGCAACGAUAUUGUUGCACCCGCAGAUUCGUUGACUGAUAGAACAUUGGAUCAAAUGUGCACUGUGACUCGUCCAGGCUUAGCUUCGAUGGCAGCAUCGACGGCUGUGGAAUUAAUGAUGAGUGUGCUACAACAUCCCCAAGGUAUCCGUGCCCCAGCCCCUCAUCCUUCAUCAGCCAAUGCUACAGAUAACCAAUUCGAUGAGCACGGAGAAGGUACAAGUGUUCUAGGACUGGUACCCCAUCAAUUGAGAGGUUAUCUUGCGCAAUUCCGAAAUUUACACAUCGUAGGGGCGGCUUACGACAGGUGUACAGGGUGUAGCGAAACGGUGCUCAAAGCAUAUGAAUCCCAAGGAUUUGACAUGAUGAUGAACGCGUUUAAUGACUCCAAAUAUCUCGAGAGGUUAACAGGUUUAGACAAGCUUUACGAAGACGGGGAAAAGGCACUUGAAGAUGUAGAAUGGAUCGAAGGUGAUGAUGAGGACGAUUUCUGA